AACAAAAUCUUAGGAAUUGUACUUCAGUCGCUGAGUUAAAGCUUUCAGAAAAUGUCUACUUCUACGGUGAUCGCAUUGUGUCUGCUGGCUGUACUGACUGUGCAGAUCGAUGCCCAGGGCUCCCCCACAGAUGUGGCCCUCCGAUGGGCCCAGGAGGAAGUGAACAUCUUCGAACUCAUCGCCAGGGAGAAGCUACCUCCGACAAACGCAGCCCAAAGUGACGCAAACGAGUUGGUGGAUUCAUUGAAAAUGGCUAUUUCGCACUGUAAUAUUGCGCUACAGUCCUCUGGAAAUUUAACCCAACACGAGGCCUGUGUGAAGUCGGUGACAACUUUUGCGAAAUCUUCUUUGGCAGAAGUGGCCAGCGAACACUGGGCCAUUUAUGGAGCCAGCUCCGGGGCAUCGCGCAUCCAUUUGUUUUGGUAGAUUUUUGGAUUUAAUGGAAGUGUAGGCCAUUGCUUUGUAGGAAAAUUUGUUGAACUAAAUUUAAGUUAUCAUCAGUGUAAUUAAUGGAAACAUUCAAAAUAAACUAAAUGUCUUUAUA